AGGUGAUAAAAACAGUGUAAAGUAAUUUUAGCACAUUUUAACAAUACCUCUUAUGGAUUGAAUAAGUUUAAGUAACAGUUUUUUAGUUUUAUUGAUGUGUUUAUGUACAUAUUUGCUGUUUGUUAUUAUUAUUGCUGUUUGUCUUUUAUUGCCCACGUUUACUCAUUUCUUAUUGAAACUAAAGCUUUUGUGCAGGCUUUACAUAUAUGCUUCUGUGAUGUCAUUCAUCCUUUUUGUUGGGUAUUUAUGCUUCAAAAAUGCUGAAUUCAUGUUUUUUAAACCGUCUGCCUUAGCCACUUGUUUGUAUGUGUGUUUAUCUUUGCUGGCUUCAUCUCCUGCCAAACAGGAAUUGUGGGUAGAGCACUUCAUGCCUCACACCUGCCCGCACCAGCAAGUGGUCUGUGCUGUCCUAAAUUCUCUGCCAGAAUUGUGUCAUAGAGGGUACUACUCCUCCUUUUGUCAAUCGUAGAGGCAGAGAGUCCUGGGAGGCAUUUGUUCUUCAUUACAAAGAGCAUGCUAUGGCAUUGUCCAGGUGCCCACCGGUCCGUGGUUCUGUCGGAAGUGUGAGUCACAGGAGAGGGCGGCGCGCGUGAGAUGUGAGCUGUGUCCCCACAAAGAUGGAGCCCUCAAGAGGACAGACAGUGGAGGCUGGGCCCACGUUGUGUGUGCGCUCUACAUCCCUGAAGUGCAGUUUGCCAACGUCCUCACCAUGGAGCCAAUCAUCCUGCAGUAUGUCCCACAUGAGAGAUACAUCAAGACCUGCUAUAUCUGUGAGGACCAUGGGAGGGAGAGCAAGGCGGCCUGCGGAGCAUGCAUGACCUGCAACAGACAGGGCUGCAGACAGGCUUUUCAUGUCACCUGUGCUCAGAUGGCCGGUCUGCUGUGUGAGGAGGAAGGCCCAGAAGCUGACAACGUGAAAUAUUGUGGCUACUGCAAACAUCACUACAACAAAAUGCAAAAGAAGCUGCGAUCCAGUGAAAACACAAGCAGCACCUUCAGUCAUCCCAGAGGUCGCUCCAGCUCUCCAUCACAGGAAAAACAUCACCACCACAGACAGAGGAAGAGUCAUAAAGACAAGAUCCGACAAAAAGAGCGUCACAAGAAGUCCUCUGACAGCCUGAGCUCCUCAGUGACGAGCAGCAGUAUAGAGAAGAUAUCCUCCAGUCACCACAGCAGCAAGGACAGCGAGGGAAAGUCAAAGAAGCUGAGCUCACACAGUCACAGUCAUCGCAGCAAAAAGACGGGGAGCACUGGAAAGAGCUGCUCCUCGUCCUCCUGCUCCUCCAGUCCGUUCAACACAGGCAGCUCUCUGUCCUCCACUCAGGAUUUCCAUCAGUUCACAUCGUCGUCUCGCCUGGAGCGUGACCAUGACCGAGGUGGUGAAGAGCACAGUGGAGAGGAACGUAAAGAGCGCCACAGAAGACCAGCAGUUCAGGAGGAAGAGGACGAAGAUGAGGACGAGAAAGAGGAGGACAAAGAUGAGGAGGAGGAAGAUGAUGAAGAAGAGGAGGACAGUAAAUAUCAUAAGCCACCAGCUUUGACUCCAGCUGAUGGCCCAUUGGCCGGCUCACAGGGUCAUGACCGCUCAGAGGGAAACUCAAGCCCCUUUGAGAACAAAGUCACGAUUUCCACCUUUGGGUCCAUUAUGCGCAUCACCUCCUCAUCCAGCAGCAAGAUCCGUAAGAUCUCCUCAUCGGGGGACUACAAACCCUCCAAAUCUCUCUGUAAACCAUCUCAACUGAGCACGCCACCCAUCCUGGAGGAGGCAGACAUGGAGGAGAAAACCACUCCUCCACCCCUGCCCAGAGAGAGGAGGCACCGUGGCAACAAGAAGAGCAGCCAUGGCCCGGGUCGACCCCGUGGCAGCAAGAACAGAGAGAGAAGGGAAGAGGAGCAUCAUCAUCACUAUCACCACACAGCUCCUCCUCCUCCUCCUCCACCUCCUCCUCCUCCAGCCUUAACCUCCCCACACUACCAGAGCCCAUCCUCUGUCCCCCACCCUGCCUUCCCCUCCACUCUUCCUCCAACCACCAUCUCUUCCUCCUCCUCUUCUUCUUCUUCCACCUCUUCUUUCUCCUCCUCCUCUGCAGGCAGUUUUUCCACAGGCCGCGGCAACUCGCUACUCGGCUCUGGUAUCUACUCCAGUCUCAAGGACCCUCUCACACUGGGCGGGGGUGUCUGCAGCACCCCUCUGUCUCUGGGUGGAGGGGUGUGUAGCACCUCCUUGUCUCUGGGAGGGGGUAUGUGUAGCACCCCUCUCUCCUCAGGACUCCUUCCAUCACACGUUCCCUCACUCUCGCUUCCGUCAGUCAACACCGUCUCAAACACACAGGUCCAUCCAGGUUCCAGCUCCUCCUACAGUCUGACCUCCACGCAGCCUUUUGCCAGCUGUCUCUCCACAGCCGCGACACUGCCGCCACUACUGAGCCAAGCCCAGACCUCACUGCCAGAGUCCGACCUCGAUGACUGUCGCUUCCCAUGUCAGGGGAACUCGCCAAGAGAGAGCCUUUCCUCACAGUCUCCUAUGAGCUGUCUUCCUCUUCUGUUCGACCAGAGAGACGGUUUAGGGGCUGGAGUCAGAGCGCGUCCUGAGAACGUCCCAGCAGCCAGCCCUCACAUCGAGCUCCUGCUGGAAAAGCACAGCAACGGAGAGAUGGGAGUCAACAUUGUAGAGAUGCUGCAGUCACUUCACUCCCUGCAGCAGGAGAACCAGCGGCUCCAGGACCAGAUUCUCAGCCUGACGGCCAAAAAAGAGCGUCUGCAGCUGCUCAACACCGAGCUGGCUGUGCAGUUCCCUCCACACAUUGUCUCAGCACAGAGCUCCAUGCACUCCUCAGCCCAGAUCAACUUCCUGUCAUCCAGUCAAGACCCCCUGAACACCAAUAAGAGUCCUCUGUCCAAAAGCUGCUUCCUGAAUGAAACCUCUUUUGUUACCUCAUCUGAGGAGCUCCACUCUGGUAGUCCGUCCCGCAGUAGCUCCUCCCUCUCCUUCCAGAGUACCCCUCCUCCACAGCAGAGCCCUGCCUCCUUCAGCCAGCCCCUGCUGAACGGCCUGAGUCGCGGCCUGAGUGAUGGUUUGGGCACCAUCAGUCAGGCUGGUGGGUCAUCACUGCCCGUGGUGGGUGGACUGAUGGCGUCCCUGGCAGGAAGUCCUCAGCUCAACAUGAACGGUGUGCUGGGCAGUCUGAAUGGCGUGAUCCAGUCUCCUGUGCAGAACGCUCCUCAGCCAACUCUCCCUGCCCUGCGCCCGCAGCCCCCACCGCUCAACCCCCAGGCCAUCACACAAGGCUUUCAGCUGCCCAAGAGUGUGAGCCCAUCUUCUCUCCUCUCCGAGCAGCAGAAGCAGCUUUUUCUCGAGCAGCAGCAGCAACAGCAGCAGCUCCAGCAGUUCCUCACCUCACAGAAUUUUACUCCGGAGCAGCAGGUGGUGGUGUGCCAGAUGCUGCAGCAGCAGAGACAGAGGGAGCUGCAGCGCCUCACGCUGACAGGAGCGCUCACCUCCAAUCCAAACUCACCCAUGAUUGCCCAGUCUCCCAACCUGAUGUCUUCAGCCACAGCCUCACCCCUGCAGGGCAGCCAGGGAGGGAGCCUCUUCAGCCUGCAGGAAAACGCACUUCACAAGCCCGGGUCUGCAGGAGAAAAAGGCGGAGAUAAGAACGGAUGAUUUCCUCGAUCACAGGAGCAGCUCAAAUGAAGAAAACCGGCAUUAAUGCCAACUUGAAGAACUGAGGUCAACGUUAGCGUGACUUAAGCGUCUUUCCUUGUGUCAUCUUCAUCUUACUCCCUCUUUUAUGAAUGUAUAACAGGAUGAACUCAAACGUCGAGGUGAAGUUUUUCGUGUUUUGAUAUUCUUUAUAUCCGAGGUUCUUCAUAUAGGUUUUUGUGUAGGCAGCUUUCAGAGAGCAUGAAAACAGUGAUCUCUUCUUAAAUUGCACUAAUUUGUUAGCUAGACCAAUGGGGCUGCUUAUGAAGGCAGAGCUCAUCCCUGCAGCAGCAGCGUUCGCUCUCAAGGUGGGAAUAUAUUUUCAGUCUCUGACUUCUUUGAGCACUUACCGUUCAUGAUUUCCUGCUUAAAUCAGCGUUUCAAUUCAGUCAGUGAGACGUUUUUGCAACCUCAACUGUCUUCCUCGAUAUUUUGUCUUCCCUUUGUGUUGUUCACCCCUCCUAGAUUUCAUGCAGAUCUUCUUUAUGUUGCAGCCUCUCACAUGCACUUAUGAUGUAAAGGGUAAAUAUACUGUCUUUUUUUAUGCUUGGUUAGUGGCAUUUUAACAUAAAAGCUAGUAAUUACCUCA